AUGGAAACUGGAUAUCAGAAAUAUCAUGAUAUGAAGCUGACACCAUUGAACAUACGCCUUACAAAGUUGUAUGAGAAAAUAAGAAAGGACUUGAGCCCCCCUCGACCUUUGCCAGCGGAGACACGUGAUAAACGUGAUAAGAGCAAAUACUGCAACUUUCAUAAAGACCAUGGUCACAAGACUGGGAAUUGCCGCUCUUUAAAGAUCGAGGUCCAGCGAAUGAUAGACGCUGGAAAGCUACAAGAGUACGUGAAAAAGGAUUUUGGGAAAGGUCAUGGACAUGAAAAUGGAGCAGAAAUCCGGGAUCUUGGAUGCACAAAGAUCGAGUUCUCUGAAGCAGACAUAAUAGGAGCCUAUUCCUCCAUGAAUCUCCCACACGACUUAAUCGAAGAGCAUGAAAAUCCAAUUAUCAGUUUCAGUGGUGAAGUUACAAAGGCGAUUGGAAAAGUGAAGAUACCUAUAACAGUAGCUGACAAGUCCGUUUUAGGCAAUUUCUUGUUGCUUGAUUGUCGAGCUCCAUACAAUGCGAUUGUAGGACGAGACUGGCUGCAUGAGAUCGAAUCAUAUAUAGGAGAGGACGCAGCUGAACCCCCAACAAUUGAGAAACUGAUCGAGGUACAAAUUGGAGAUAAGAAGCACAAAAUAACGUUCUUAGGGGAAGAUCUUCCUUCCCACGAACGUGAUGGUUUGAUAACAUUGCUAAGGGUAAACGCCAACGUUUUCGCAUGGAGUUUUGCGGAGAUGCAUGUGAUAGAUCCGAAUGUAGCCUGCCACAGGCUAAAUAUCGAUGAGAAGUUUCACCCAGUUCGUCAGAAAAUCAGGAAUAUUACGCAAAGCAAAAAAGAUGGAUUUACUGCAGAAGUCGAAAAGUUGUUGGAAGCAGGCUUUAUUCGACCAGUGCAGUAUCCUCGCUGGCUGUCUAAUGUUACACCCGUUCCAAAGAAUAAUGGUAAAAUUCGUGUCUGUAUCGAUUUUACUGAUUUGAAUAAAGCAUGUCCGAGUGAUCCGUACCCGCUACCGCGGAUAAGAGAUUUGGUGGAUGCAACCUCAGGUCUAAAGAACGCAGAGGAGACAUAUCAGCAUUUGGUAGACCAUAUGUUCAAGGAUCUGAUUGGGAAGACGAUGGAAGUAUAUAUCGACGAUACAGUAGUGAAAUCUGAGCAAAAGGAGUCGCAUUUUCUUGAUCUGCAGAAGAUGUUUGAUAUCUUGAGGCAAUAUCUUAUGAAGAUUAAUCCAACAAAAUGUUCAUUCGGGCUAUCCUCGGGAAAGUUCCUCGGAUACUUGAUGACGCACAGAGGAAUCGAGGCGAAUCCGGAGCAAAUCAGAGCCAUCAUAGAGAUGUCAUCCCCAAGAACGAAGAAGGAGGUCCAGAAGCUAGCGGGACGAUUAACAUCUUUAAAUUGUUUCAUUUCACGCUCGUUGGAUCGAUUUAAACCAUUCUUUGAUUUUUUGAAGAAAACGGUGAAUUUUGGUUGGACGUAUAAGUGUGAAAAGCUUUCAAUGAGAUCAAACACUGGAGUUGGAUGUGUCAUCCUUACUCCCGAAGGUUCGAGGAUCGAGAAAGCGACCAGAUUGGGCUUUCGAGCUUCAAACAAUGAAUCUGAAUAUGAAGCAGCAAUUAUCGGUUUAAAGGCUGCCAAACACUUAGACGCAAAGAACGUGAAACUGGUAACUGAUUAUAUGCUAGUAGUUAACCAGUUUUUGGGAACCUACAUAGCCAAGGAAGAGAGGAUGGCCUUAUAUUUGGAUCAUAUAAGAGAGUUGGCAAAUGAAUUCGACCAGUUCUCUAUUGGGCAACGACCACAGUUGGAAAACAGGCAUGCACAUGCUUUAGCAUAUCUAUCUUCCGCGGUCGAUACUGAUACCACCCGUUUCGUUGUAGUGGAUUUCCAAGAAUUACCUAGCAUCUCUGACAGCCACUUUGUUCUGGCUCUCGAACACGCUAGUGGGAGCGAGAGGGAAACUACAUCAGCACAGGGAGAUACCGAGAACGUUGACAACAAUAUGUAUGUUGACGGUCCAGUGAUAGAUGAUUCAAGCAGUCCUGCUGAAAACACUUCAGACUGGCGUCAAGCUUAUGUCGGUAUUUGA